AUGAUGGAGAUACAGAAAGGAGCUGAGCUCUGUUUUCCACAACUCCUCAACAGUUCCUGCAGGAAGCCGACACUUCACUGGUCCAAAGCUGUGCUCCUGAACAUUGUGCUGUCAUGUAUCGCUCUGAUCACUGCUACUCUCAACCUUCUGGUCAUCAUCUCAGUCUCUUACUUCAGGCAGCUCCACACACCCACUAACACUCUCCUCCUCUCUCUGGCUGUCUCAGACUUUUUUGUGGGUCUCCUGUUGAUGCCAUUAGAAAUCUUUAGAACCACAACCUGCUGGGUACUUGGUGAUCUUAUGUGUUCUGUAUAUAUUUACCUAAUAGGUAGUCUUAUCUGUGCUUCAAUAGGGAAUAUAGUUCUCAUAUCAGUUGACCGCUAUGUGGCUAUUUGUGACCCUCUGCAUUACCCCACCAGAAUCACUGUGGGGAGAGUCAAACUUAGUGUUUGUCUGUGUUGGCUUUUAUCUAUGUUUUAUUGCAGUCUUUACACAAAAGAAGUGCUGAUUGAACCAGGCAGGUAUAAUUCCUGCUAUGGAGAGUGUGUGUUUGUCAUUAACAAUAUUGCUGGUAUAAUUGACCUUGUUUUAACUUUUAUUGUUCCAGUUUCUGUCAUCAUAGUUCUGUAUAUGAGAGUGUUUGUGGUGGCUGUAUCUCAGGCUCGUGCCAUGCGCUCUCAUGUUACAGCUGUCACACUUCAGCGUUCACUGAAUCAAACAAACAGAUCUGAGCUGAAAGCAGCCAGGACUCUUGGAGUUCUUGUAGUUGUUUAUCUGGCAAGUUUCUGUCCAUUUUACAUCUACACUCUUGUUAAAGAAAAUGUGGUCAAUGAUCCAUCUGUAUCUACUGUGAUCAUUUUCUUUUACUUAAACUCUUGUCUAAACCCAUUGAUCUACAGUCUGUUUUACCCCUGGUUUAGAAAUGCUGUUAAACUUAUGAUCACUCUGGAGAUAUUCAAGCAUGGCAGCAGUGAGGCAAACAUACUAUAG